GUACCAAGCGACUCCUCUUGAUGAGCGCUAUCACUCCUUGCCAUCAGCGGUCCUGUUCUUAGACUUCGGUCACAGGCGGAUACCCAUCCAUGGAAAGUCCCUCAGCCCAGGCCACCCCGCGGGUAACUCUCUGCCAUUGAUGUAUGGACAGCGUGCAUCUGCAGCCUUGUUAAGUAUGAGUUCAUGCGCACCAGAGCUUGAGAGCCCAGCCACGUCAGCGCGCAUGUGUCGAAUGCGGGGACAUGUGCCGACAUGUCCACGCCAGGACGCGCAGAUUAGCCCUCACACCUUUGUUUAUGAUUACUAAUGCAUAACCCGCCGACGCACCUGGGGGGCGUGGAUGCUGAGGCCUGGCUGCGCGACGUGAUCACAGGCUGUGAGAGCGUGUUGUUCACGGUGCAGCGCUGCACCAGAGGCACCGUGCCGGCCGGCACCGCCGCAGAGGCGCUGGACCAGGCGGCGGCGGCGCUGCGGCUGCGCAGCGGCGGCGACGGCCACAACGAGGCGCUGCUGCGGCAGGUGGUGGCGAGCGUGCAGGGGCUCAAGGGGCACCUGGCGCGCGCCAUGACCAGCUGAGGUGCUGGGCGGUGACGGGGUGAGGGUUUUGUGUGGCGACAGCGCCAGCUACUGCGAGUAGAGGCACGAGUAGAGGGUGCAGGGGGCGCCUGCAGGUGCAGGUUUGGGGCUGCGCCUAUCAGCGCUGGGGGCGCCUGUGAGGAGGAGGGGGUUGAGAAGAGUGCCUGCGUCUUGCGGUCCGGCGGCAGAGCACAUUGUAAAGUGACGGCUGU